AUGCACGGAUCGCGUUUCUUUCUUACGCACAGCACUAAAGAUGUGGAAAAGUUGACUGUUUUAGAGUAGGGCCCAUGCACGCGCAGAGUAGCCGAGAUCAUCACUGUUUUAUUCAAAUGCACGAGAAUAAAAUGAUAAGAAAAGAAAAAAAAUGCGAUUUAAAUGCGUCGUAAAAUAACGCUGGAUUAAAACGAGGGUCAUCGAUUGGAUGACAAUGACGGCGCUGUUUUAAUCCGACGCGAAAACUUCGCCUUCUUGCAUGUUUUCUCAGUCAGCGCAUGUGAGUGGGAUCUCCCCCCUCGCGCAGUGGACGCUCGCCUCUCGCGCAGGAUUUGGCUUGGAGCUCGUGCAGGACUGGCUGCGCUCAGCGCCACUUCCGGCUUCCGUCAUUUCAUUCUGCCGCCGCUGCGCGCAGCUCAACUCACUGUGUUCUUCUAUAAGCGCGCGAGCGGCCGAGCUGCCAACACUCCCUGACACUCACUCAUCACACACCGCCGCUGCCACCGCGCCGCGUUUUCAAAACUCUUCUUCGGCGCUUUUCUGCACUUUUCCUCGGCUGUGAUAAAACAAGAAAGCGGACCGGAGGCAUAAAGGAGACAGGGAGUCAGUGGAUGAAAACGGGGCUAAAAAGAUUCAUCCUCUCUUGAACAUCAUCACCGACCAUCAUUCAUUCAUUACCUUGACAACCCCUGGCUUUGAUUGACAGUUGGAGUGGCAAAAAGCCAUGAGAUACGACAGUUUAGUUACAUGCAGGUUGUUGAUGGGCCGGCUGUAACCUUCGCUUGGGCGCUUGACUUUUUUUCCGGGGCAAAGUGGAAAAGAAGAAUAAUUGCUGAAAAACUCCCGAUGCCCGCUCUCGUUUUCAAGCAUACUGGAGAAUAGGAGAAUUCGGCAAGUUGCUCGGAAAAGGAAUCUUGGCGGUGCAUGAGUUUGUGAGCGGACUGGGAAAUUAAAUCGACGACACAGAUCCAGAGGUUUAUUGGAGCGCAGGCUGAUGGCGCAAAGGUACGAUGAGCUGGCUCAUUACGGCGGCAUGGACGGAGUCGGUAUGUACGGGGAUCCUCACGCGCCUCGGCCGCUACCGCAGGUCCAUCAUCUGAAUCACGGACCUCCGCUCCACGCCAGCCAGCAUUACGGCACACAUGCCCCCCAUCCCAAUGUCAUGCCCACCAGCAUGGGUUCAGCUGUCAACGACGUGUUAAAGAGGGAUAAAGAUCAAAUUUACGGUCAUCCUCUCUUCCCUCUGCUGGCUCUGGUCUUUGAGAAGUGUGAGCUGGCCACAUGCACUCCCCGUGAGCCCGGGGUGGCCGGUGGAGACGUGUGCUCCUCCGACUCCUUCAACGAGGACAUCGCGGUGUUCGCCAAACAGGUCCGUGCAGAAAAACCUUUAUUUUCGUCAAAUCCAGAGUUGGAUAAUUUGAUGAUACAAGCCAUACAAGUUUUACGGUUUCAUCUCUUGGAGUUAGAAAAGGUGCAUGAACUCUGCGACAAUUUCUGCCAUCGGUACAUCAGCUGUUUGAAAGGAAAGAUGCCGAUAGAUUUAGUGAUUGAUGAACGGGACGGGAGCUCAAAAUCAGACCACGAGGAGCUCUCGGGAUCUUCAACUAAUUUAGCCGAUCAUAAUCCAGCGUCCUGGAGAGAUCACGAUGAUGCCACGUCCACACACUCUGCGGGCACGCCGGGACCCUCCAGCGGAGGACACGCGUCACAGAGCGGAGACAACAGCAGUGAACAAGGAGAUGGUUUAGACAACAGCGUGGCCUCACCCGGCACAGGCGACGACGAUGACCCAGACAAGGACAAAAAGAGGCAGAAAAAACGCGGCAUCUUCCCCAAGGUGGCCACCAACAUCAUGCGGGCGUGGCUCUUCCAGCAUCUCACACACCCGUAUCCUUCAGAAGAACAGAAGAAGCAGCUCGCUCAAGACACGGGACUCACCAUCUUACAAGUAAACAACUGGUUUAUUAAUGCCAGGAGAAGGAUAGUUCAGCCCAUGAUCGAUCAGUCAAACCGAGCAGGAUUUCUUCUUGAUCCUUCAGUGAGUCAGGGAGCAGCGUACAGUCCGGAGGGUCAGCCGAUGGGCAGCUUCGUGCUGGACGGACAGCAACACAUGGGCAUCCGGCCGGCAGGUCCUAUGAGUGGUAUGGGCAUGAAUAUGGGCAUGGACGGGCAGUGGCACUACAUGUAACACGUCUGUACAGGAAGGAGAAGGGGGAUGUGUGCGAGUCGUGCCAGGAGGAGUUUGUACCUCAGCGUGGUCCUGUGGGCAUCACCGACAGCCCCUCACAGUGUAUCGCAUUCCCCACCCGACCCCCGAGGCCCACGCGGCCAUGCUCACGCACGAUGAACUCCCUGACGCAGAAGCCACCAGCACGACCGCCUCUGACCCCUCUGACGCAGCGCCGUCCGCGCGCCACCAAGCAACGGGAACCGACCAGUCACAUCGCGGAUGACACUGACAUUUGUCCCGAGGAAGAUUUUUUUAAAAGAAAAGAAAAAAGAAUCAUACACUUGAAGUGGAAUUCCAGUCGAGCUGUGAUCGUUUUUUUAUCUUGUGAAUUUUGUUACGUUCGUUGCCGGAGGACCAAGAGCUGAAUGAAAACACUUUGUAAAGUCUUUGGUUUCUUGAGGAUGUUUCCACUUAAACACACACAACACACACACACACACACGUAAUGACAGAAAAAAUACAAAAGAGACUCCAAGAGUUCAAACUACUGUAGUAUAAAAGCAUAGACAGUAAUGGAAGCUUGUACAUUUGUAUCACUCGAUCACUUGAUUUGUUUCAUGAGUUAGUUUUAGAGUAAACGCGUUUUCACACUGUGUGUGUGCGUGUGCGUGCGUGUCGUUCCCCUGAAGCAGAGACGCUCCUAUCGCUGACGUCACGUGACUCCAUCAAUCAACCCUGUUACAGAGCACUGAAGACUGACUGAUUCCUGCUCUGUCACUGACACGCUGCCGACUGAAGCCGAAUCUGUUUUCCGAACCCUCCUGUGUCGUUCUCCUGCAUUUGAUCGUUUUGCCCCAAGAAUGAAUGAAUGACUGAAUGAAUGAACCUGUAGGUGGAGUUCGUUGUUUGAAUUACCCAAGCACUGGAUUGUGUUGCUUUUAUACAUUUUUUUAUUUUAUUAUUAUUAAUUAUUGUUAUUAUUUUGUAUCUUGGACUCUCAGAGUAAGAGCCUUAUGAAGGAUGUGUAUCCUCGAGAAGCCACAGAAAUCCUGCAGCAGUUUCAGUUUAUCUGCCACACGGACACGUGCGCGCGCUCGUGCAUGUGCGCAUUCUGGCACAUAGACAAACUGUCGACGCACCGUAAGACUUUAAAAAGUUGAAUAAAAAAACAAAAAGUAAAUAAACAGAACUUAAAUUAUGAACUCGAAGCUGCAGAGACGCUGAGAGAUUAUUGUAAGAAACUUCGUACAGAGUUUUAGUCUAUAAAUUGUUUCAUGUUAGAUAUUCUAUGUGUUUACCUCAAUUGAAGACGAAUGUUUUGCUAGUUUCAGAUCUGCUGUGACAUUGAUAUUGUAUGUCCAUGAAUUCCCUCUUUUUCCAGCACGUGUUGCUCACUAGAAGAUGAAAUACUGUCUCCCUUAAGCUUUGUCGGAAAUACAUUCAAUACUUGUAUAAGGACUGUGGCGUAUAAUGUUUCAAAGGUGUUCACUCACAAAUGCUGUAAUAAAUAUUUCAUUUUUGAUUUUGGUA